CAAAAUAACCUCAGAAAAAAAGAAAAAAAGAAAAGAAAAAAAAAAAAACCUAUCUUCUUCCCCAUCUGCGAACCCCCUACCUCGGUACCUCCUCCUUCCUCCUCCACCGGACCACCUUCUUUACCCAUAUUCUCAUAAGUCAUAAUAAAAAAAGUAUAAAUCCCAUCAAAAGAGAACAAUACAAGAAAUAAUAAUAAUAAAAAAAUUAAAAUCCUAAGUUACACAUUGUCAUUCCCUCGUCACCGUUGCAUCUCCAGGCAGCUACCAAGGCCUAUCUAAGCAAAACCUCCGCCGUCGCAGCGCUGUUCCACCGCAAGCCCAGGAAACGUCACGAGCUCCCUCCCCUCUUCGUGCUCCCUCUUAACGCCGUCGCUGGUCACGCCUUGAUUCUUUCUUCUCCGGCGAUCCUGCAGCAACAAUUUCGUCUCAGAUGGAUUUGGGAAAUAAAUUGGAGGGUACUCGAGCCACCAUAGAAACCGAAAUCGAAUCAUUUUUCAGCUCGGCUCCUCCUUUAAACAACAGUCUUGACUUCAGUGAACAAGUAGAUAAAUUUAUCAGAAGGAAUUCGGUGGCGUCAGGAAAUGGAGGACCUAGCAGGGUUGUGUGCGUGACAUCGGGUGGAACCACGGUUCCUCUAGAGCAGCGGUGUGUUCGGUACAUCGAUAAUUUCAGCUCAGGCCAUAGAGGAGCAGCAUCCACAGAGUACUUUUUGAAGGCUGGAUAUGCAGUUAUCUUUUUAUAUCGGAGAGGAACCUGCCAGCCAUAUUGCAGUUCUCUUCCUGAUGAUCCCUUGCUAGAAUGUUUCGAGUUAACUGAUGAGCCAAAUAUUCAAGUGCGGCAGGAACAUUCUGAAGCAGUGAAGAGAGCCAUUUCUGAGAACCAUGCUGCAGUAGUAGAAGGUCUCUUGUUGAAACUUCCCUUUACAACGAUCUUUGAGUAUCUUCAGAUGUUGAGGAUGAUUGCGAUACCAAUGAGCAAUCUUGGACCAAAUGCAAUAUUUUAUCUUGCAGCUGCUGUCUCUGACUUCUAUGUUCCUUGGCAAAGCAUGGCAGAACACAAAAUUCAAUCAGCAUCUGGCCCUUUAAACAUGCAACUUGCUCAGGUGCCCAAAAUGCUAUCAGUGCUAAGGAGAGACUGGGCUCCUAUGGCUUUCUGCAUAUCAUUUAAGCUCGAGACAGAUUCCAAGAUUCUGCUAGAGAAGGCCGGUGUGGCUCUUAAGAAGUAUAAGAUGAAUAUGGUGGUAGCAAACGAGUUAUCAAGCCGCAAAGAGGAAGUUGUGAUUGUCACAAGUGAUGGGCAGAUUCCAGUUCGCCGAAACAAGGCUGCGGGUGUUGAUGAUGUGGAAAAUCCUCUUAUUCAACUUAUUGUCGAAAGACAUUCAGCCCAUAUCGAGUCUUCUAAUCUAUAAUAUGAUAU